AUGAGUGUGGCCUUUACUCUCCGGCCGCUGGAGCGCAAUCCGCCAAGCACGCCCGGCAACGCGCUUGAGGCUGCAUUUCGAGUUCACGUCUCGCCGAAAGAGCUGAGAAAUCACCGCCUUACCAAUGGCGACUUGAUCAGGUUAAAGACGGUGGCUGGCUUCAAGGGCUACGGUAUUGCUUGGACCGCUGCCGGGACCAACCCAGCCAACAAGCCCAUUGCCAAGGUCACCGACUUGCUCAAAGAGCAGUGUAAUCUGUCACUGAACGAUGCAGUGUGGAUCGAGAGAGCCACUGACUCGUGGAAGCCGUUGACGAGUGUUCAAAUCGCGUAUCCGGAGGGUCUGGAGCAGGAUGCCAAGUUUCCCUCGACCGACGAGCUGCUGUACUGGGCCCGGUAUGCACUCGUGGACGUCGAACUUGUGCUCCCUGGAUGCAGUCUGCAGGUGCAAGCAAAGGGACCGAAGGAGCAGCAGAAGACGUCAAAACUACGCCUUAUCGUGCAUAGUAUCGACCCUCAGCCAGACGAACAGUGUGCCCUGUACUUCGAUCCAGUACACACCCAGGUCGUAGCCUUGGAUGAACCUCCUGCUCUGCAAGCCACUCAGUCACCCACUGAACAGCCUGCCCAGCCCGCUCCAAAGGUCCUCAAGCUGAGCAGUGACGGGAUUGGAGGUCUUUCAGAACACAUCGCAACCAUCAAUAAGAGUCUUUUUUUCUUUUCAAACGCUGCCUCUGCUCUUCCUGACCAGCAUCUCCUUGGGCCAACAACCUUUCUCUUCCACGGACCCGAAGGUACCGGUAAGAGCAUGUUACUCGAACGACUAGCAGAAGGACCCUGGAAGGACGUGCAGCGACUGAGUUUGGAGACGCAUCCAAAGAACCAAGCCGCAGGCAUUGAAGAUACUUUCGAGGCAGCAAAGGAGAACCAGCCCAGUCUAGUCUUGAUGGACAAUCUCGACAAGUUUCUCGAGAAAGUCGAGACUCUCGUGGGCAAGCUGCGCUCUGAGCUGGCAAAGCUAGAAGGAAGUAAAGUUGUGGUCGCAGCAGCUGCCCGCAGCAUCUACGAUAUCGAUUCCAGUCUACGCACAACCUCGGGCUUCAAAGCAGAGCUGGAGAUCUUCCCGCCAAACCUGGCGCAACGUGAGGAUAUCCUACGCCAAAUCCUUGGCCCGGCACGAGCUACUUCGGGUGUGCACUUCACUGCUGUUGCAGAGCGCGCACACGGCUUUGUGGGCCGGGACAUCCACAAACUCUGCGGUCUCGCGCGUAAUCACCGUGUGCAAGAAGUGUACGAGAGCCUAGAGGAUGAGCAGAAACUUAAGCUGGGUGAAGUCCUGGAAGCAGACGACUUUGUCACGCAAUCCGAUUUCGACGCCGUCAUUGACCAGGUCCAACCCACCGUCCUCAAAGACAGCAUCCUUGAAGUGCCAAAGGUGAAGUGGGAUCAAAUCGCCGGUUUGGACCACGUUCGCGCUCUUCUGGAAGCCAUCACUAUCCGCCCGUUCAAGCACCCCGACCUUGACUCCAAGUUCGGCGGCCCUCAGUCCCGCAAGGGUGUCCUGAUGUACGGCCCACCUGGCUGCGCAAAAACGCUCAUCGCGCAGGCCGUGGCCACGGAAUCCCACCAAAACUUCCUCGCGGUCAAGGGCUCCGAGCUGAUCAAGAUGUAUGUCGGCGAAUCCGAACGCGCCAUCAGAGACGUGUUCAGGCGGGCGCGCGCCGCCAAGCCGUGCAUCAUCUUCUUCGAUGAAAUCGACAGCAUCGGUAAGUCGCGUGAGAAGACGCAGGACAGCGGGCUGAACGUCGUCGCGACCCUGCUGAACGAAAUGGACGGCAUCGAGGCGCUGAAAGACGUCUUCAUCAUUGGCGCAACGAACCGCCCAGACAUCCUCGACUCGGCACUGAUCCGCACUGGCCGCUUCGACGCACACAUCCACAUCGGGCUGCCGACGCUCGAGGCGCGGAAGCAGAUUCUGGAGAUCCACACACGCAAGCGUCCGUUGGCAGAGGAUGUGGACGUGGACGCUGUGGCGCAGCGCACUGAGGGCAGCAGCGGCGCAGACAUCAAGGGCCUAUGUGCGGUGGCUGUCGAGAUGGCGAUUUCCGACUACGAGAAGGCGCCUGAGACCGAGCCGAUGAUCCGCAUGUGCCACUUCGAGAGGGCGCUGGGAGAGCACCAGCCGCAUACCCUCAAGGAGGAGGCCGAGCGGUACAAGUACUGGCGGCCGGGGAUGAGUUUAAGUGAUAGUUGA